AUAGUUGCAUGAAUAUUUUACAGCAAAUAAAAUGCUUUUAUAGGAUUUUUUUUUACAAGAAUUGAGCAUUUUCGAACCAGCAAUUCGAAACGAACGGAUCCAUCGGCACAGCUGAUAACUGUCAAAACAUUCGAUGUCGUAAACAAACGAUGUAAACAAAGUGAAUUACCCGCAGUAGUUUGCUUUUACCUUAUUUUAAUUCAAUUCAAAGGGGGUUGCUCUUAAUAUGGGAAGAAAGUGUUGUGUGCCUUACUGUUGUUCAAACUAUGAUGCUGCCAUAAAGCGUGGCCUUCCGUCGAUUAGUACGUUCAAGUUUCCCGAUGAUCCAUAUCUUCUGGACUGUUGGAAGAGAGCCAUUAAUCGACCCGAAUGGAUCCCGACAAAACGUUCCAGCAUUUGCAUACGCCAUUUUGCACCGGACGACGUUGAGCGGUACGAUAAGCCAGCCAGGUUGAAACCGAAUGCGGUGCCUAGUUUGUUUCCAGAGGAAUACCUUAUGAUGGAGGCCAAGAAUAUCGCCGAUAGAAAACAUUGUAAUGAGUUGCCCGCGGAUAGAACCCAAGCAAUUACCACGGGAGUAAUAGAUGCUGUAGAUUUUCCAACAGCUGAUUGCAUCGCAGAUUUCGAAUGUUUUAUAGCAGAAGUACAAAAUAAACUGCUCAACAAAGAAUGGGUGUUUGUUUGUAGGCCCAAUAUAGCACACCUAUUCAGCAUAGACGAUGCCAACGAUCAUCACGCAGUUAGAAUCAAUGCAAGUAUAAAGAUAUACAGCGAUUUAAGCAUGAAGAUAUUCUUAAAUGAAGAGGAACUAACCGUUGCGCAGCUAGGGUCGGAAAAUAGACUCUUAAGCUGGUCGCAACUCAAUAGCAUAAUCGACUCCAUCACUCCUUUCCCAACAAUCGAAGAUUCGAAUACCAUGGAGGACAGCUUAAAACAGGAUGAUGGUGAAACGAUGUUUCUCGAAGAACACCUAGAAGAAGCAAAGAGUGACCAUGAAGCUGGUGUAGAAACUACCAUAGAAUUAACUAUAGAGAAACCGUCUCCCGAAGCAAAUGGCGAGAUCUGCAAGGAAGUUACCGAAGGUUGUUCUCAAAAUCGUGUCAGCCGAAAAACGGUGUUAAAAUGCGUCCAGGACUUACAGGCUGUGAGAAACAAAUGCUUUGUUUGCAACUCAGAACACGAUACAGUGGAGGAACUUGAGUACCACCUGCCGUCCCAUCUAUCUCUUUUGCCAUAUCACUGCUCCAGCUGUGUCCAGGAUAAAGUCAUCGUUACAACCUUAGCUUCACUGAAUAAGCAUCAUUUAAUGCAUCAAAAACCGUUGAAAUGUCGGUUUUGCGAUAAACGCUUUACCACGUACGGUUCGCGGAGAUUACACGAGGACGUAAAGCACGGCAAGAACACGGUAACCUUCAAGUGCACCGUAUGCCAAAGAGAGUUGCCAUCGCACCGUAGCUUACAGAAUCAUCGCCAACUUCACGCAAAUCCCGAUUCACUCAGGUGCACCAUUUGCCUGCGGACGUUGUCCUCUGCCUACGAAUUAAAACUACAUGCGCGAACGCACACCGGAGAGAAGCCAAACAAAUGCGUGUUUUGUGGCGUGUCUUUCAACAGAAAAUCGAACCUAACGGAACACGUACGUCGCUGUCACAACCUGGAGCGACCAUUCAUUUGUGAAGUGUGUGGAGAACGGUUUAGUAGUCAAUUAAGUCUUAAAAAGCAUGGGAUGUCGCACAAUCCCGAUCAGUCGAACCGAUCGCCAAGAAUAGUUCGGUUAAGGAAACAGUUCCAUUGCAAAGAGUGUGACAAAACGUUCGACACAUCCAUCCAGUACCAUUCUCACAAGCGGCAGCACGUGAAACGUUACCAGUGUAGCUACUGUGGCAUUAGGAUAGCCCAGUUGCGUGACUUUGAAGAUCACGAAAACACGCACACUGGUUCCCGGCCGUACGAGUGUCUCAGUUGCGGGAAAACGUUUAAAACUGCCUCGACGUAUUACGGACAUCGGUUGACCCACGGCGGUGAGAAGAAACAUUUUUGUCCCAUUUGCAACAAAGGCUUUCUACGGCUGCACCAUGUGCAGGUGCACAUGCGGACGCAUACGGGUGAAAAACCGUACCGGUGUGAGUCUUGUGGCCGAAAGUAUGCCGAUAAACAGACGUACAAUAGGCAUCAGCUGACGCAUCGUCCUACCGUUGGUGAUAUGAUGAGGGCAAAGCGUAUUACAGAGGAAGCAUUAGACAUACCGAACAGUGAACAUAUCCAUGAGUCGGGAAUGGCAUCAUCUUCUGCUUCAUCUGAUGUACCCGCCUCAAACGUGUUAGACAGCCAAAGUUCAAUGGUGUUUGAUGCUUACUCCCAAGGAACUUAUGUGGCGGAGUUACCACAAUUAACUACCUCGGACCCGGAUGGCACGAUAUUAAUCUCGGCUGAUGUACAAAACAUUAUCAUUGUUGAACAAUAGGAAUCGGAAUACUUUCAUUGAAAACCAUUUAAACA